CCUACUUUCACCCGGGACGCGAGAAGCAGCCCAGAUUCACUACCGAGAACAUCUCUAGAGGAGAAACGUUAUUGACGCAGAGGUGUACCAAGAGUACGCUUUAAGUUAUUUGGUAGUGGUAGUCUGCAGCAAAUAAUGGCGUGUGAUUCACGUGCUGGAUUGGAGGCCCAAAAGCUGAUCAGUAUCUCCCUUGGGAAGAUGGCGGCGUCUCGUGUGGGACGGACUGGUGCGUCUCUACACAAAUCUCUGCUGGUGGCGUCAGUGUUGCACCGCGCUCGCCAUGUCUUCCUGGAGGAGAGUUACCACGUUCACCGAGCCGCCCACCCCGAAGCUUACGCCCAGCCGCCCACUUCUCCCCCGCCCUCACCACCAGUCAUCACGGUUUACGCUCCUUUGCACCCGCCGGCGCCAUCUGCGACGCCUCUUCCGCCCACGGAGGAUAACUGCGACGCCGAGGACAAGGAAAACCGUGUAUGCGAUAAGCAGGAGCAGCAGGCUGCUGAAGGAGGAAGAGCCCCGCUAUGUGAGAGCAACAAUCGUGUAGCGGCUCUCAAGAGACGUCGGUGUGUGAGCCAGCAAGAGACUCAGGAGGCGGUGUGGUCCAUCCUGCCGAAGCGACCCCGCACCACCUCGGAACCUCGCACCUGCCCUGCCCCAGACCCCGCCCCGGACACCGCCCACAGCCCCCACCAGGACACUGAGUCCUGCGGCAGCAGCAUGGAAGUUGAACACAUUACUUCGCUCGUCUCCAUCUUCAGCUUCGGUGGUCAGCGUGUGGACUUAUGUGGCGCGCAAGCAGCCCGGGAGGACCUGGCCCAGUAUCAGCCUGUGGCUCUAGCCGUGUGAGGGACUCGUCAGUCCCAACCCGUGUUACCUGCAGUACCUGACGAGGCUCUGGCCCACGCCUGCUAGUCAACUACCCAGGCAAGCCUCCUUCCUCACGCCCCGCCAGGAUUAUCCCACUAGAGUGAUGGACUACCCACGCCCGUGGACAACUCCGUCAGCGGUGGACGCCUGUACUUCGCCAGGGAGGGUCCUCGCCGCCACACCUGCACCAUGACGACGAGUGUUGGCAGGAGCCACUGGGAGCCUGGGUAGUGUUGGUGAUGAAGUGCUCUGGUCUUGACCGAGUGCUGCUCAAAUGGUGUUCUAGAUGUAGCAGGGAGUCCUCUUUAAGUGGUUACGUGAGGGAAGUAAUCUAGAGUAAAGUAUCGGAGGAUUACUCUUGAGUGAAGCGUUGGAGUGGCAGUGUUGGAGGAGGUGCCAGGGACGCUGCGGCUCGCCAUGACGGUGGCCGCUGUGUGCGUGUUGCUCUCUGCACCCACACGUCUCAUGUGAUAUUGUACAUAAACUGUACAAAAGAUGAUUAUAUUUAUCAUUGGCUUUCUGUGCCAGUGGAUUUUAUGAAAUAUACAUAUAUAUUUUAUAUACUCAUGUUGGAAAAUGUAAUAAAAUGUCAAAAGUUUA